UAAUAAAUAAUUCGAAUUGUCAAAAUUUACGAAAUUUCACCAAAUAAAAUCAGAUACUAUCGAGAAAAUUCUAAAAAAUAUUUGUUAAACAGCUUUGUCAGAUAAAACUGCGAACUGAUUAUUGUAAGGGAAUUGCGAAUUCAGUUUCCUCAUCAGCAAAUAAAUUUCAUCAUAUAAAAAUGUUGUUACGUUUUGCAUUAUCUACUAUGCCCGUUCGGGCUGGAUUAAAAACAGUGGCACUGUCCAAUGUAAUAAGAUGUGGUCCGUUAGAAUCGCGUCUUCCAAAUUCCUUAAAAUCUUAUAACUUAAAUAUAUCGAGGAGUUAUGCUCGAGGUCCAACUCGCGGUCCAUAUACUCGAAGCGAAACCGGACGGGCACCAACAUUAAAGGAAAAACUGAUGGGUCCUCCUUCAGAAAAUGCAUACUCUAUUGGAAAGGGAGCAGCUGCCGGUGCAUCAGCAAUUGGACUUGGAGCGUUAUGUUUCUAUGGUCUUGGAUUAAAUAAAGAUCCAAGUAUAUACACUAACUCAAUGUUAUGGCCGGAGUUCGUUCGAGAUCGAAUUCACGCAACCUACGGAUACUUUGGUGCAUCCUGCGCUAUUACUGCAGGUGCAGCCAUGGCAGUAUUUCGUUCACCUCGACUGCUUUCACUAGUAACAAGGAGUGGAUGGAUGUCCAUGUUAGGCACAUUUGCUCUUAUGAUCGGUACCGGUGCUCUAACCCAAUCUAUCGAAUACCAACCCGGUGUUGGCCCGAAACAAAUAGCCUGGGCUUUGCACUGUGCUGUUUUAGGUGCUGUUGUUGCACCAAUGUGUUUCCUUGGUGGACCGAUCCUUACUAGGGCAGCUUUAUACACCGCAGGCAUUGUAGGAGGACUUUCGACAGUAGCAGUUUGUGCACCGAGUGACAAAUUUUUAUAUAUGGGCGGUCCUUUGGCAGUAGGCCUUGGAUUGGUGUUCGCAUCAUCCCUGGCAUCAAUGUGGCUACCGCCGACAACAGCUUUAGGAGCUGGUUUGGCAUCGAUGUCCCUUUAUGGUGGAUUAAUCCUUUUCGGAGGGUUUUUACUUUAUGACACACAACGUAUAGUACGAUAUGCGGAGAACCACCCACAAAUUUUUGUAAAGCCAUAUGAUCCUAUAAAUGCAUGUCUGUCGAUUUACAUGGAUACGAUAAAUAUAUUUGUUCGAAUUGCAACAAUAUUAGCGGGUGGUGGAGGAAAUCGUCGUCGCUAAACUCUAUAAUUGACACCUGACGUGAUAAGAUUGAUUACAAAAUCUAAAAAGCUCCCUUUAACAGUAUACAAUGUAUUUCGUUAAUUAUUUUCAAUAAACAUAAUUAGAAGCUUA